GUGGCCUUCAUCAAAUCAAUCCCUCCCUCCCUCUCUCUCUCUCUCUCUCUCUCUCUCUCUCUCUCUCUCUCUCAAACAAACAUCAAAGAGCAGCAAAGACCAUGUCUCGCCAUAGACGCCAAGCAUCUCAAGUCCUCCCACCAGGGAUACUCGCCGGCAAUGAGCCCUUAGUAGACUUCGGACAGGCAACUGCAGGUGCUGAUAGCACUACUCAUGUUUCAUCUGGAGCCACAACUGUUGCUGUCAUCAAUGAAACAUCCAAAAGUAAUCCUCCCAUCAAUCAACACAAUCAAGAUCAAGCCUCUCAUUUCCCACCCAAUGCAAAGAAGCCUCUGUCCACUGGCAAACCUGCUUGAUCCCUCUAUGUGUCAUCUGUACUGCUUUUCUUAGUGCUGUUUUCUCUUGUACUCCUCUCCCCUCCUUCUUGGUGUUUCUUGUUCUAGGCAAAAAGCUAGCCUGCCAGUUGCUGUUGCUUACCGCUUUACUCAUUUCAAUAAAACUAGCUUUAUCUC